AUGGCCGAUGGCGUUGAAAUCGAUCUGUAUGCCGAUGAUUUGGAUCAGGAUUACGCACAGAAUAAUGACGACUUUGGCGGCGAUAGUGGCGACCUGUACGACGAUGUAAUCGUACCUUCCGGAGACCGCAACAAUGCGGGCAGAGGGCCGUCGAUUGAUCGAGGCGAUGGAGUCGAUACGAAUGGAUCGUAUCACCAUCAUCCCGGCGCUUGGUCAAUCAGCCACAUUCCACGGCGUCAUCAGCUGUACGUGGGUAAUCUGCCCUGGUGGACGACGGACCAAGAUAUAACGGAUUCGGUGGCGGACGUUGGAGUAAAUGACUUCCAGGAGGUGAAGUUUUUCGAAAACCGGGCCAAUGGUCAGUCGAAGGGAUUUUGCGUUAUUUCGCUCGGGUCGGAGAACAGUCUGCGCCUGGUGAUGGAUCGAUUGCCGAAGAAAGAAUUGCACGGCCAAAAUCCGGUCGUAACGAUGCCUACGAAGCAAGCACUGAAUCAGUUUGAGAGUCAACAGAAGACCAGACCAACGCCGCCGGCGCCGGGACAAACUAAUGGACCACGGCCUCCAGUACCGGGCAUGCCGAUGGGUGGUCCGGGCGGGCCGGGUGGUCCUGGAGGUGGCCAUGGUGGACCGGGCAUGGGAGGCCCCGGUGGUCCACCGGGCGGACCAGGAGGUCCAGGCGGUAUGGGAGGUCCGGGCGGACCGCAGCCACGUAUGAUGAACCCCAACAUGCCACCAGGAAUGCGUCCACCGCAUCCGCACAUGUCCGGUCCGAUGCACAUGCAGGGGCCGCAUGGCGGCCCGGGUGGUCCACCAAGACCGCAGGGACCUCCAAUGCAUCAAGGGAAUGGACCACCGCAACAACCGCCUCGAUUCCAGAAUCAAAACCAAUGGAAUGGUCCACCACGUAUGAACGGUCCACGACCAGGCGGCCCGGGCGGUCCAGGCCCAAUGCAGCACAGGCCGCAAAUGUUCCAGGGACCACCAAACGGUAUGCCGCGCGGGCCACGCCCCGAAUGGAACAGACCGCCGAUGCAUGGCGGUUAUCCUCCGGGACAUCCUGGUGGGCCCGGACAGGGACCGCCGCACAUGCAGGGUGGACCACAUGGGCCCCGUGCACCUCUGCACGGGUCGAUGGGAGGACCACCGGGUCCGCAAGGACCUGCUCCGCACGUAAACCCUGCGUUCUUUAAUCAAGGCGGUGGUCCUCCGAACCAUCCAAACGGCGGAGGCCCGGUAGGACCGCCCCAUGGACCCCAGGGACAAGGGGGAGGACCUCCUCAACAUUUUAACCCACAAGGUGGAGGAGCUCCACGGGGUGGUCCGUGGCCGGUACAGGGUGGUAAGCCACCGGGUGCACCGGGUGGUUUCCCGGAGCACACCAUUACACCGCAGCUGAGCGAGGCGGAGUUUGAAGAGAUUAUGACCAGGAAUCGCACCGUUAGCAGUUCCGCCAUUGCCAGAGCCGUAUCGGAUGCCGCUGCUGGCGAAUAUUCGAGCGCAACGGAAACCCUUGAGACAGCUAUCUCGCUCAUCAAGCAGUCGAAGGUCGCCCAAGACGAGCGGUGCAAAAUAUUGAUCGUUUCGUUGCAGGACACUCUGCAUGGUAUCGAGACGAAGAGUUACACCCGUCGGGAACGGUCCCGUUCGCGCGAACGCUCGCACAGACGUCAGCGUCGGGAGCGUUCUACGUCACGCUACCGGGAACGAUCGCGCGAUCGCGAACGGGAUCGUGAACGCGAUCGGGAUCGUGAUCGCGAACGUGAUGGCUCACGUCGAUCCCGCCCAAGAAAAUCUCCGGAACCGGCCACCGAUAAUGCAACGGACAGCUCCUCCAAGCGCUACUACAAUGACGAUCGCUAUCGUUCGUCGGACCGUGAGCGGGAACGCGAUCGCGAUCGUGAGCGCCGCGAAGAUCACCGAUCCCGACAUUAAUAGCACUAAUU